AUGGUGGAUUGUAUGAUAAAAGCAGGUACAUCAAAAAAUCAUGCUCAACAAUUAGCCAAUGUUUUGGUAGCAGCUGAUAUACAAGGACAUUAUAGUCAUGGAUUAAAUCGAUUAGAUAUGUACGUUCGAGAUAUAAUGGAAGGUAUAUGCAUGAAAGAUGGCACUCCGAAAAUUCUAAAAGAGAAUGCUGCAAGCGCAUGGGUUGAUGGAAAUAAUUUACUUGGUCCAGUGGUUGGAAAUUUUUGCAUGGAUAUAGCAAUUAAAAAAGCUAAACAAGCAGGUGUUGGUUGGGUGGUUGCUAAAGGAUCAAAUCAUUUCGGAAUUGCCGGAUGGUACAGUAGACGUGCAAUGAAUGAAGGACUUUUGGGUAUGGCAUUUACAAAUACAUCACCGAUCAUGUAUCCGACUAGAUCAAGUUCAGCGGCACUUGGAACAAAUCCUAUAACAUUUGCUGCUAAAGCUAAAAAUGAUACUUUUGUACUUGAUAUGGCUACAACUACUGCUGCUAUUGGAAAGGUUGAGAUAGCAGCCCGAAAAGAACAAACUGUUCCAGAUACAUGGGGUGUUAAGAAAAACGGUCAUGUUAGUAAUAAUCCUGCGGAAAUAUUAAGUGGUGGUGGUCUUUUACCUCUUGGUGGAACUGAAUCAACCGGUGGCUAUAAAGGAUAUGGUCUCGGUGCUUUAGUAGAAAUCAUUUGUAGUAUACUUGGUGAUGCACAAUGGGGACCGCAUGUACGAAAAUGGAUGUCAACAACAUCUGUUGCUAAUUUAGGACAAUGUUUUAUUUCUGUUAAUCCGGAUGGUUUUGCACCAAAUUUUGAAAAUCGUUUACAAGAAUUCAUUGAUUCAAUGCGAGGACUAAAACCGGUUGAUAAUAAACGAGUAUUAAUAGCUGGUGAUCCAGAAAAAGAACACACAGCUUUGGUGGAAAAAUACGGUGGUAUACCGUAUCAUCAAAAUCAAAUUACUCAUGCGGAAGAAUUAGCAAUGACAUUGGGCGUACAAGCAAUGACUGUAAAGAAUGUUGCAUGA